CAGAUGAAUUCCGUUGUAUGUUAUUUGACAGUCGCUGACGAUUGACGAGUCCAUCAGCUCAGUGGCCGUUGAUGGACCAUCCCUAUGAAGAAACGGGUUCACAAUGGGACAGAGUACCUCAGAACAAGAGGUCCAAGGCCACACCCCCGAGGUCGGGUUUAACGACAUCGAGCCAUUGGUGGAGGAGGAACUACAGACGAGCAUGAUGAUGGGGAUGGUGAUUGGUGCAGGCAUCGCCAUCGUUCUCAUCGCCAUCCUCAUCUUCUUCAUCCUGCGGAGGAUCCAGCUUCGGAAUCGAGAAGCUCAGGAGGCUCCAAAAUACCGCUUCCGCAAGAGGGACAAAGUCAUGUUCUAUGGACGAAAGAUGUUGCGUAAAGUCUCCCAGUCUACCUCUUCCCUGGUGGGUACAUCCUCCUCCUCUCGGCCACGCCUCAAGAAGAAGCAGAAGAUGCUCAAUAUUGCCAAAAAGAUCCUGCGCUUUAAGAAGGAGGUGCCCAUCCUUCAGGCUAAGGAGCCCCCUCCCUCAGUGCUGGAGGCGGACCUCACAGAAUUUGAUGUGGCCAACUCCCACCUCCCUUCCGAGGUGCUCUACAUGCUCAAAAAUGUCCGUGUGCUGGGUCACUUUGAGAAGCCCCUCUUCCUGGAGCUGUGUAAACACAUGGUGUUCCUGCAGUUCCAACAAGGGGAGUACGUCUUCAGGCCAGGCCAGCCUGACAGCAGCAUCUACGUGGUGCAGGACGGAAAACUAGAAUUGUGCCUUACUGGAACGGAUGGCAAAGAGAGUGUGGUGAAGGAGGUUUUCCCAGGAGACAGCGUCCACAGCCUCCUCAGCAUCCUGGAUGUCAUCACAGGCCACCAGAAGCCUUACAAAACGGUGUCAGCACGGGUCGCAGAGGUUUCCACUGUUCUCCGUUUACCUGUAGAGGCCUUCCUCGCUAUAUUUGAGAAGUACCCUGAGAGCCUCGUGCGCGUAGUACAGAUUAUCAUGGUUCGUCUCCAAAGAGUAACAGUCCUAGCACUGCACAACUAUCUGGGACUCACCAAUGAGCUCUUCAGCCAUGAAAUGCAUCCCUCACGUCUGCCACCUCCGUCACCCCACCCAACUCGCACCAGUCCCAUCCGCCAUGGCAGGCGCUUUGGCAGCCUGACAGUGACUGAGGAGCAGAGAGAAGCUGCCAUUAGAGGAGACGCUGCAGGAGGAGAACCGGGGAAGGAUGGAGCAACUGUGCCAACUCUUAGCAGGACCAUCUCCAUGCCUGUGGACAUCGCUGGUAUGCAGAAAGGUCUGAGGUCAGACUUUGACAUGGCGUACGAAAGGGGACGGAUCUCAGUCUCUGCAGAGGAUGGCAACACUCCUCCCACCUUUACUCGGUCUGUGUCCCAGGAACAGCGGGAGAGGAGGGUGACAGUAGAUGAAGUUCCCUCAGGGAUCUACUUGUAUCCAGAAGAAGAUCCCGGAGUGGACAGUAUUUUCACACCAUCAACCAGUCGAUCCAGUGGUGCUCUGUUUGAGGAAGCUCAGAAAGAGAUCCUCAAGCUCAUGAAGAUUGAGGACCCUUCUUUGUUGAAUGGGAGAGUGACUCUGCACCAUGCAAAAGCUGGAGCUGUCUUAGCCAGACAGGGAGACCAGGACGUGAGUCUGCACUUUGUCCUGUCAGGCUGUCUGCACGUCUACCAGCGGAUGAUCAACAAGCAGGAGGCCGUGUGCUUGUUUGUGACCCACCCGGGGGAGAUGGUGGGCCAACUGGCCGUGCUCACCGGAGAACCCCUCAUCUUCACCAUCAAGGCUAUCAGAGACUGCACUUACCUCAAAAUUUCAAAAUGUGAUUUCUACGAGAUCAUGAGGGAACAGCCCAGCGUUGUGCUGAGUGCAGCCCACACAGUCGCCAUUCGCAUGUCUCCUUUUGUGAGGCAGAUGGACUUUGCUAUUGACUGGAUGGCUGUGGAGGCCGGCAGAGCCCUCUACAGACAGGACGACCGAUCAGACUGCACCUACAUCGUUCUCAACGGACGUCUGCGUUCAGUCAUCCGUAAAGCAAAUGGCAAGAAAGAACUCGUUGGGGAAUACGGCAGAGGAGACCUCAUUGGAGUGGUGGAGGCGUUGACCAAGCAGCCAAGAGCCACCACUGUCCAUGCUGUGAGAGACACGGAGCUGGUCAAGCUGCCGGAGGGAACACUGAACAACAUCAAAAGACGAUAUCCACAGGUUGUGACAAGGUUGAUCCACUUACUAGGCCAGAAGAUCCUUGGGAACCUGCAGCAGGGCCGCGGGCCGUUCUCAGGCUCAGCUCUGACUAGUGCAGAUGUAACCAACCCUGCCAGCAACCUCUCCACUGUGGCUGUGCUGCCUGUGUGUGACGAGGUGCCCAUCAACGCGUUCAACCUGGAGCUCAGCCAUGCCCUCAGUGCCAUUGGGCCCACUCUGCUGUUAACCAGUGAAAUUAUCAGAGAACGUUUGGGGGGUUCUGCUUGCGACAGUGUCCACGAGUACCGUCUGUCCGGCUGGCUGGCCCAGCAGGAGGACAUCAAUCGGAUCGUCCUGUACCAGACUGACAACACCAUGACCCCGUGGACGCAGCGCUGCAUCCGCCAGGCUGACUGUAUCCUCAUUGUUGGGCUGGGGGACCAGGAACCUGCCCUGGGACAGUUGGAGCAGAUGCUGGAGAACACAGCAGUCCGUGCCCUGAAGCAGCUGAUCCUGCUGCACAAAGAGGACGGACCGGGCCCCUCGAGGACGGUGGAGUGGCUCAACAUGCGAAGCUGGUGCUCUGGGCAUCUUCACCUCAAGUGUCCCCGUCGAGUCUUCUCCAGACGCAGUCCCAGCAAACUGAGGGAAGUUUACGAGAAGGUGUUUGAGAAAACGGCAGACAGGCACAGUGAUUUCUCUCGGCUGGCCCGAGUCCUGACUGGAAACAGCAUCGCCCUGGUGCUGGGAGGAGGUGGAGCCAGAGGCUGCUCUCACGUUGGUGUUAUCAAAGCUAUGGAGGAAGCGGGGAUUCCUAUUGACAUAGUGGGUGGGACCUCUAUCGGCUCCUUCAUUGGUGCACUGUACGCUGAGGAGAGGAGUGCCGUCAGAACCAAACAGAGAGCCAGGGAGUGGUCCAAGGCAAUGAACUCUGUUUUUAAAACAGUCCUGGACCUGACCUACCCCAUCACCUCCAUGUUCUCUGGCGCUGCAUUCAACACCAGCAUCUAUAAAGUGUUCCAGGACAAACAAGCUGAGGACCUGUGGCUGCCAUACUUCAAUGUCACCACUGACAUCACUGCCUCCGCCAUGCGUGUUCAUCAGGAUGGCUCUCUGUGGCGCUAUGUGCGGGCGAGCAUGACCCUCUCAGGGUACCUGCCGCCUCUCUGCGACCCCAAAGAUGGCAACUUGCUAAUGGACGGUGGCUACAUCAACAAUCUGCCAGCGGACAUUGCGAGGAACAUGGGUGCCAGAACAGUCAUUGCCAUUGACGUGGGGAGCCAAGAUGAGACUGACCUCUGUAACUAUGGCGACAGCCUGUCCGGCUGGUGGUUGCUGUGGAAACGGAUCAAUCCCUGGGCAGAGAAAGUAAAGGUGCCAGACAUGGCAGAGAUCCAGUCUCGGCUGGCGUAUGUUUCCUGUGUGCGCCAGUUAGAGGUGGUGAAGAAGAGUGCCUACUGCGAGUACAUCAGACCACCCAUCGACCGCUUCAAGACCAUGGACUUUGGAAAGUUUGAUGAGAUCUAUGAUGUGGGCUUCCAGCAUGGCAAGCUGGUGUUCACUGGCUGGGCCCGAGGGGACAUCAUCGAGAACAUGCUGAAGGACCACCACUCAGCGGACUACAACAACAGCAAGAGAACUGACGUGAGACGAGCACACACAGAGACACACACACAUACACCCAAACACACACACUUAUACCAUAAAGUACAUAAAUGUUUAUACAUAAUAAUAUUAACAUUUCUUGCCCCGCAGUCCUGCUCGUGUCCAGGAGCUGACUUCACUGACCUUGCAGAAAUUGUGUCCAGGAUAGAGCCGGUCCAAACCUAUGUAGCUGCAGAUGCAGAGGAGUCUGACUGUCUGACAGAGUACGAGGAAGACGGGAUGGACACGGUGAGAGAGGAGGAGGGUGAGGAAGAGGAGGAAGAGGCAGAGGACCUUGACGACCACUCCCCUGGAGAGUGGGGGCAGAAUGGAGUCUUCCAGAGUGAUGAGGAGAAAUCUGUGAGGCAACGCAGGAAGCUCACCAGUGACACCUCUGAAGUGUCAGACUGCUGACAGAGGGCCGCUGAGAAGUAGAAGGAGUUCAAACCAAGAACAAGGGACAAAUCACAGGCUCAUGAAUCGUCAAGGCUACAGGACGUUGCUCCUGCGACUUCUGAAACUCUGAACUACUGUUUUUGUUAUUCUGUAGAGGAUCCCAGUGGUUUCUCUAAACUGUUGAACCUUAAUUUCAUCAUGUCUGGGAUUGGCAUCAUCUGUCGCAUUCUGACCACUGGGUCAGAGAGAUCAUCCAAAUGAGAACGGUUGUAGAAGAAUUUGCCACUCUGUGUUUUUCUCAUUUCUACAUCAACCUGACCUGUUGCCAGAAUCCCUGCCUGCCAAAACCUGAACUCCCACAGAGACAAACUCAACCAAUCCACUUCCCCACUUCAGAUCGCCUGCAUGUUCCACCUGCAUCUCUGAAUCAUCAUGUGCAUCUCUGUACGUACAGCUGUGCUGCACUUGAUGUAAUUCACGGUCCAUUCAUUUCUAGUGUGUGGUGUGUGUGUACUGCUUGUGCGUUAGAAUGACUGGUAAACAAACAAAGCUGGGAUUUGAUGAAAUGGUAGCAGGGCACUGAAAAGAAAAGCAAGAAACUUGUGCAGUUGAACUGUAGUUAGUAAGUUAGGUAAGUUUAGCAUAGAUGUGAAGCGGGGGGUUUAGUAUGGGAAGUUAUAGGAGGAACAGUUCUCUAUGUAGACACCAGAGUAGACUCUAAUAUGAAUGUACAGAGGCUGGACCAGUGUUUGGAAGCAGGACAAGGGGUUGAUUCAUAUUUAAAGAGAAAGAUGUUUUAAUUUAAUUUGUAGAAAGUUUUGAAAAGUGGGUUUAUGGAAAUAAUGAGAUAGUGGUGUGCAGACUAUAAAAGAGACGGACCAGUGAAUUCUACUGUAAAAUGUGGAGAGAAUGUGAGACACAGCGUCUGGGUGCUUGAAAUCGUAUGUUUCUGCUGUUUGAGAUGAUGCCAGAUAAAGACGAUGCAUUUUCGACCAGUGUUCGAUGAACUGUGACUGCGGAGAAGAGGGCGAUCAUUCGACGAACUCGCCGGCCUCCGCUCGCACAAGGUCACACGUACAGGACUCAGAGCUCCUGUGUGCAACACGAUAUCUACGAAGAAGAAAAGACAAUCUCCAAAACCACUGCAAGAGAUUAUUGUCACCCUGACGUGGAUACGCAGAAUUCUCUAGUGAUCCUGAACUCCAAAUGGACUAAACUUCACCUCAUGUAAUUAUAAAAACACUUCAUUAAUAGGGACCUAAUGUAGAAAUUGUAACAAGAUUAUAUAAUAUUAUUCACAGUGUUAAUAUUAAUAUAUGUAUAUGAAGUGGACAUUUGUAAAUCGAGGCUUUGCUGCAAAACAAGGGAACCUAAUAAAAAGAAAAAGGUUUCCUCUCAGAAAAUCCAUCCUGUUUUUAUGGAUGGUCACCAGAUCAGCUUUGUGCUUUUCAUUUAUAAAUCUCAACUACUGGCUUUUAAAAGAUGAUUUUUUUUUUUUUUUUUUAAGAUUUGGGGAUGGGGGCUCUCCUAUUUCAAUUAACCUGGCUUUAGCUGUUUUGCACUGAAACAUUUGAAGUAUUCCUUGCUCAGAAGAUGUUUGGUUUAGCAAUUGCCAUCCAACUUCAUAUGGGAAUAUAAAAGAAAAGUGAUAAUGCUAAUGUAACAUGCAUAUUGGAAAAUAAAUAUUAUAUGCAUCAUG